AUUCAGGCCUUCGGCCUCCUCCGAGCCGCUGCUCCGGGUGCUAAAAUAGACCGGUGAUGUAAGCGAAGCGGAAGAGGUCCACACGCUCACACGAGCCGCCCCAGCCUCGUCCGCCUCACUCCCGGAGACGACAGACGAGAGCGUGAGACCAGAGAUCAUCGCCGUCUGGACCGCGGAGCGCGGGAGACGCUAAAACACCGUACCGCCAGCAUCCUCACCUGUCGCCCAGACGCGUUGGAUUUCUACGGCGAAAACUAGGCUGCAAAGAUGCAAGCGCCGUACGGUGACCUGACCAGGCAGAGGAAACAACAGGCCAUGGCUUUGAGCAACGAAGCCAGAGGAGGCCAUCUCAACCUCGGGAAGAAGAUCAGUGUUCCCAGGGACAUUAUGAUGGAGGAGCUGCAUCUGCCAGCGAACCGAGGAUCUCGCAUGUUUCAGGAGCGACUGAAGAGGGUGGAGAUGUUCACCUUGGAGAACGCAGCGAACCCGCCCAACCGUUGUCCAGUCGUGAAUCACAUCCAGAUGUCCCAAAACGCACAGGGGGGCAAAGAGAAUGUUCGCACGGAGAUGACAAUCCAGCCCAGGAAAAUGUUGGUGACCACUCUGGACAAGACAGUGGCCAAGAAGGGCAGCCCAAAUGUUAUCGCCCCCGGUUAUUCCGGACCCCUGAAGGAGAUGCCCACGGAGAAGUUCAACGUGACGGCGUACCCCAGGGGCUACUGUUCCCCAUGGAGUGAGGCGCUAGGCCAGCGUGGGGAUCUGCAGAUCACUCUCAACCUCCCUUUGCCUGAGACCCCUCCCCAGAAACAGUACAUUACCCACUACAGGUGCUUCAACAGAGCCCCGAUACCUUUUACCCGAGUGGCAGAAGCUCCGCGGUUGGUCCCCACGCCCCGGAUCGAGCCCGUGGAGGUCCAGAGCGAGCCCAUCCAGGCCCCGCAGCACGCGGGCAUGCGCCCAAACUUCAACCGCGCCCCCCGCGGCUGGGGCAUGAACUACAACCCAGAGUCCAACGAGCUGUGAGGAGCCCCACCGCCCCCCGCCCC